AUGCAGAGAGAAGACGGUGUUUGCAGAUUUCAAGGGGAGGCUGUUAUGGGUGGACCAGAACUUACCUCUGCCCGCUGGACCUAGAGGUGGACUCUGUCUUAGCCUUGUUCUUCCGGGAGGCUCAGGAGGACCCCUCGCUGGAGAGGCAUUUUAAGGGCCACCGAGAUGCAGUUACCUGCGUGGACUUCAAUCUCAACACGAAGCAGUUGGCCAGUGGCUCCAUGGACUCCUGCCUCAUGGUCUGGCACAUGAAGCCUCAGUCACGUGCCUACCGCUUCACCGGCCACAAGGAUGCUGUCACCUGCGUGAACUUCUCCCCCUCGGGACACCUGCUGGCCUCAGGCUCCCGUGACAAGACUAUCCGCCUCUGGGUACCCAAUGUUAAAGGUGAGUCAACUGUGUUUCGUGCACACACGGCCACAGUGAGGAGUGUCCACUUCUGCAGUGACGGCCAGUCCCUCGUGACGGCCUCUGAUGACAAGACAAUCAAGGUGUGGUCGACCCAUCGCCAGAGGUUCCUGUUCUCCCUGAGCCAGCACAUCAACUGGGUCCGCUGUGCCAGGUUCUCCCCCGACGGGCGGCUCAUCGUGUCAGCCAGUGACGACAAGACUGUCAAGCUGUGGGACAAGGCCAGCCGGGAGUGUGUCCACUCGUACUGCGAGCACGGCGGCUUCGUCACCUCUGUGGACUUCCACCCUAGCGGUACGUGCAUCGCGGCCGCCGGUAUGGACAACACGGUGAAGGUGUGGGAUGUGCGGACGCACCGGCUGCUGCAGCAUUAUCAGCUGCACAGUGCUGCUGUGAACGCCCUCUCCUUCCACCCAUCGGGGAACUACCUGAUCACGGCCUCCAGCGACUCGACCCUGAAGAUCCUGGACCUGAUGGAAGGCCGGCUGCUGUACACACUCCAUGGGCACCAGGGACCAGUCACCACUGUUGCCUUUUCAAGGACAGGGGAGUAUUUCGCUUCCGGAGGCUCUGAUGAACAAGUGAUGGUCUGGAAGAGUAACUUCGAUGUGGUUGACUACGGAGAAGUCAUAAAAGCCCAGAGGCCCCCGCCCACGCUGCCCAGCUCUGCCAGGAAUCUGCCAGAAGCAGAUUUCCCCGUCCCAGCAAGCAGAGGCAGGAGCCUGGAGUCGAUGCAAGCCCAGCCCCAGGAGCCCGUCAGCGUGCCCCAGACGCUCACCAGCACACUGGAACACAUCGUGGGCCAGCUGGACGUCCUCACCCAGACGGUCUCCAUCCUGGAGCAGCGGCUGACGCUGACGGAAGACAAGCUGAAGCAGUGUCUGGAGAACCAGCAGCUAAUCAUGCAGGGAACGACACCGUGAUCGGGGGAGCACGAAUCAGGAACACGUUCGAUUGGGGGGAGCAGGCCAGGGAUUUGUACCGUGGGACUUGGGUUAAAAAUAAAAGGGUUUUGACUCUGCGGGGUCCCAUCCUGUGCCAAGCCCCCAGGAUUGCUGCCCGCACCAGGAGGCUCUCCACAGAAAGGACACGCGAGACCAGACUGCCAGGAGCGCGUUAGUUUAAUGUCAAGGAGCCGUGCGAAAGUGUUUGCCACCUCUCUUGGGGAGGCGACCGGACACCUUGCCGUUCACUCAUUUCAGCCACGUGAUUGGCUUUCCCCACCCCUGCUAUGGCCUAGAAACAGACCAUUCACCGGUCGGAGGAGCCGGGGCUUUCUCCAAACCUGACAAAAGGCCCAAAGGGGGUCCAUCGGAUCAAGUUUGUCCAGAAAACCAGCCCCCUGGGGUGGGUGGCGGCUUCACAUGGCGUUGGUUUCUGGGCCCACACGUUCACUGGGGCCUGGUGUCUUCCUCCCUGCAGCCGUGAGGGCCAAGGGAGCUGAAAAUUAAAACUGCCUGAGCUUGUUGCAGGAUUGGCUUGUUCUGGAUGAGACCUAGUCCGUCCACCAUCUCCAGGGCUCAUUCAGGGAGAAUGAAACAGUGACUUGGGAGAGCCCCUGCCCAAACCACCUGAGGCCCGGGAUCCCCUUGUUGGCGGCAGUUCAGGGUCUUGGGGGAGCAGGGGCAGCCAGAGCACCUGCAUACCACGCACCUCUCUCUGGCUGCACCCCCCGCAGGUGUUGGGAGCGCCCGAAGCCGGGGUACCUGCACUUCUAUUUGCUCAUGAGGGUUUCCUAGGUUCGUCCCUCGGCAGUGCUGGGACCAAGCCAGUGUUUGCUUGGCUUUGGCAUCUUGGGGCCCCACCACCUGGGGAGGUCUGAUCCCAAUCACACCUGCCAUGUCCGGAGUCUGGGGGGUGGUGUUAGGUCGUCCUGAGAGCUGUGCGUGCCGGGUGGGUACCACGGGUAGGGGUUCCCAGUUUCUACAGACUCCAGCGGGGAGCAGAGCCCAGAUUCCUGGGCGCUCACUGACAAGGGACAGCCUGUGUGGAGUGACCAGCAAAGGGGGACCUGCCUUUCUUCAGCCUGCACUGUGUGGGCAGGGCCAGGCCUCAGGUUCUGCCUGUUGUCACUGCAUCAUCUUGACGUUGUGACCUAACCUCUCUGAGCCCAGAUUCUGGUUCUUCCUGUGCAUGAUGGUCGUGCCAUCCCAGGGAAGACCAUUGCUCCCCUCCCACACCGGUCCCACCAGGACGGCUGGGCCUGCUGUCACUGACCCACUUCCUGUGGGCUGGAGGCGGGAAGAGCUGCUGGCUCAGGCCAUCCUGCAGGCCUUCAGGGACCGCUGGUUCUUCCCUGUGGCCCUGCUCUGCGUGGGAGAGUCUGGCAUGCCUGCUGCCCUGCACUGACAGGUGAGGCUCUCAUCACCUCAGGAGGGGUAAGCUCCCCACCCCUGGAGGCUUUAAGGAGUCUGGGCAGCCAUGGGUCAGCUGGCUCAGAGGGGCCGCAGCCUGUGAGGCCAGCUCAUUGUCCCCUCCUGUGCAGCCCUCCUGCCACAGAUCGGCCCUGGCCUGCCUGGGGUGGCAUCCGACCUGGAUUGGACCUGCCGGGUACUGGGCUCUGCCGAUGUGAGCAGACAGCCCAGGCAGGGUCAUCUCCAAACACAGAUGAUGGCCCCUGGUCAGGGGCAACAGGACGUGAGCAGGACCUUCAAGAUGUUGUGGCAGCUCCUGCUCACAGGCCUGUUCAGGGCUGCCCCUGUCCCCAUGUCCACUUGGCACCAGGGUCCCAUUUGGGACUCUCCAGAAGGCCACCUUUGUUGGCAUAGAAGCGUGGCCUUGACGGGAAGGGCCUGGGGUGCUGUGUGCUGUUUGUCUCUGGUGGCAUCCUGCAGGCGGAAGCUCCACCAGUUACAGAUGUGAACGACAGGAGGGGCACCCACUGCCCACACCCCUGCGCUCUAUAGGAUGAUGGGGUAUUCGUGCUGGGCCCAGCUGGAUGUUUCUCAGAGGCAGGCCAGAGCCGAGGCCGAGCUUAGGAGGCCUACGCUCACACAGCCCUCAGUGGAGCCACCAGCCACCAGCCAGC